AUACACUCGAACACAACUCCAUACACACCGAGCAGUCGAUGCGCGAGAGGCAGAGCCCGAGAGGGAGAGCCCGAGCGUGAGGUGUGAUCACUGGUGUGCGUCACUCACAGCCUUGACUUACAAUUGGAUGCAAACAUAGAUUGCUGUCAUUUAGUGACAACAAAAACAUUGAGUCUCUCAGACAUUACGUGACGGCUAUUACGGCAUUCACUUGUGAGUAGAGUUGUGUGCGGUUGUGGUCUCAUGUUGUCUGUUGUCUAUGAUAUUGAUAUCUGAUUAGAGUAACUGAUCCCGUGGUGAUUGUUGGACAUGGAGUUGGCGGACAUGGAGUACCAGCAGAUGGAGUACAUCGAGACGGCGUCUGGCAAUAAGGUGUGCCGGCGGUCGGUGUUGUGUGGGUCGCAGAACAUCAUGUUGAUGGGCAAGACCGUCAUCCAGAGCCACUGUAUUAUCCGCGGAGACCUCGCAAACGUCAAGAUCGGUCGCCACUGUCUCGUCUGCACCGGUGCUGUCAUUCGCCCGCCUUUUAAGAAGUUUACUAAAGGAGUGGCAUUCCUUCCGAUGACAAUCGGUGACAAUGUCUACAUAGGAGAGGACACUAUAGUGAACGCCGCGUCCAUCGGUUCCUAUGUAUAUAUCGGCAAAAACUGUGUGAUUGGCAGACAUUGUGUACUAAAGGACUGCUGUCUCAUAGCGGACAACACAGUCCUCCCUCAGGGGACAGUUGUGCCCGCAUUCGCCGUUUACAGCGGCUCUCCCGGACUCUUCACAUCAGAACUUCCAGAAUGUACUCAAGACGUGAUGAUAGACUUCACUAAAGGAUAUUAUCAACACUUCAAACCAAAAGCAAAUUAAUUUAUUUCAAAUUCAUUGUUCAUACAAAAUAAUGAUUACAGUAAAGCAUGUGUUGUAUUGAGAAGUGAUUAA